AUGCUCUUCAACGGAAACGGUGAGGACUUUAACGUUGGCCAGUUUCUGGAAACUACAUCGCCUUAUAUGUGGGCCAAUCUCGGUAUAGUGUCGUGCAUCGGUAUGUCGGUGGUUGGUGCUGCUUGGGGUAUCUUCGUUACUGGUUCAUCCAUCAUCGGUGCUGGUGUCAAGGCACCUCGUAUAACGACGAAAAACUUGAUUUCCAUCAUUUUCUGUGAAGUUGUGGCGAUUUAUGGAUUGAUCAUGGCCAUUGUGUUCAGUGCGAAGCUGACGUCUGUCCCAAGCUCUUCGCUAUACACCAGGGAGAACCUGUACACUGGCUACUCUUUGUUCUGGGCAGGCUUGACCGUGGGACUCAGCAAUCUGAUCUGUGGUGUUGCCGUCGGAAUCACGGGCUCUACUGCUGCGAUUUCUGAUGCUGCUGAUUCGUCGCUUUUCGUGAAGAUCCUGGUGGUUGAAAUCUUCGGAUCGGUUCUGGGUCUGUUUGGGCUGAUUGUGGGUCUUUUGAUGGCCACAAAGGCAGAGGAGUUCUCAUGA